GAAGAAAAGAAUAGAGAUUGUAUUAAAUCAUAAAAACUAAGCUAAAACCGAUGGUAACCUUAGCCGGUCACGAUUCACGAGUGGUUGGGUUCAUCAUGAUCAACAUCUCUGCUUCCUGGAAGUUGCAAUUUCUUCAUUGAAUAUUCUUAACCCUUCUCUGUUUCCUAUUAUUAUACACUAGUAUAUAUUAAAGACACCAUUUCUUAGCUUCCAACCUCAAUACUUCUUCUGCUACUACUACUUCAACAGCAUCGCUAAAAAUAAGACUUUCUAUAAGUUGCGACUUUCUCAUUUCUCAGUUCCUAUUUUUGUUUAGAAUUUCUGGGAUUGAUUUGAUUCUUAAUUUCACCAAUCAAACAUCUCAGAAAUCAGUAGCUCAAACUAAUUUCCAUGAAAGCCCUAUUCCAAGAGCAGCUUUUCCCUUUUAGGCACCCUUCUAUUCCAAUGGAUCCAAGAAAUGAUGUUGUACAAAAUGGUGCUAUUACAAUAUUCAAUAAUCACCCUAGUUUUGAUGAAGAUUAUCACCUUUCAAAUUAUGUUGUUGGAGAAGAAAGGGAAGGGGAAGGGGAAAGGGACUGUUCUGAUGCAAUGUACAAAUUCUUAAGUCAGAUGCUUAUGGAAGAAGAUGAUUUGGAGAAUAAGCCAUGUAUGUUUCAUGAUUGCAUGGCUCUCCAAGCUACUGAGAAAUACUUCUCUGAUGUUCUUCAUGGAUCCGAAAAUAACAAUUCCCCUCAAUCUGUCAUCAUCAAUCCACAUGAUUCAUCUAGUCUCCUCAGCAACAAUUCAUCUGAUUCUAUUGAGUCGCCUCAAUGGGAUCUUAAUUUUGAAUCUCCUGUUUCCGUGACGACUACUCUAUUCAAUCAUGACUCUUUCUUCACAUCCCUUGCCAAUGACCAAUUUGAAGGAGGAGCUGCUAAUGUCUUCCAAAGUGGCACAAGCAGCAAUUCACCCAUUGGUUUGAGGGAAAAGAAAAAUCGACAUCGAGGAGAUGCUGCUGCUGCUGCAGACCAGCAGAGGAGUAACAAACAGCUGGCUACAUUUACUCAUGAUGAAUCUGAACCAUCGGAAAUGUAUGACAACGUGUUGCUUUGUUUAAAUAAUCCAUAUGUAGAACCACAUAAUGCUACUAGUGUUACUUCCUACUCGCCGCCUAAUGAAGCCAAAAAAGUAACCAAAGUUGGAAGGCCGAGAGGUGGUAGGAAGCAUGGCAGCAGCACUGUCAAGAAGGAAAUGGUGGAUUUGAGGGGUCUGUUGACUCAAUGUGCCCAGGCCAUGGCAAGCUAUGAUAGCAGAACAGCUAAUGAGCUGCUGAUGCGGAUAAGAGAACACUCUACGCCCUAUGGCGAUGGGACGGAGAGGUUAGCUCAUUAUCUUGCCAAGGCCCUUGAAGCACGCCUGUCUGGCACAGGAACAGCCUUGUAUACAGCAUUCGCGUCCAGCAGGAUAUCAGCAGCCAACAUUUUGAAAGCUUACAAGGCAUUUAUCACAGCAUGCCCAUUCAAGUUGCUGUCAAACAUUUUCGCAAACAAGUAUAUCCGAAAGCUCAUUGGUGGAGCACCAAAGAUACACAUCAUUGAUUUUGGGAUUUUAUACGGUUUCCAAUGGCCCUGUCUCAUACAAGGUCUAUCCAUGAGGCCUGGAGGACCCCCAGAGCUUCGCAUUACUGGAAUCGAUCUUCCCCAGCCUGGUUUCAAACCAGCAGAGAGGGUUGAGGACACAGGGCGUCGCCUGGAGAAGUACUGCAAGCGAUUUCAUGUCCCUUUCGUAUUCAAAGCGAUCGCGAAGAAGUGGGAAAGCAUCACGCUUGAUGAGCUUGAGAUUCAAAGGGAUGAAGUGUUGGUAGUUAACAGUUUGUAUAGGCUAGGGAACAUACCUGAUGAGACAGUAGUACCAAACAGUCCAAGGGAUGCUGUCCUGAAUUUAAUCAGGAGGAUCCGUCCUGAUAUGUUCAUCCACGGAGCGCUAAACGGGACUUUCAACACUCCAUUUUUCGUCACACGGUUCAGGGAGGCACUUUUUCACUUCUCUUCACUAUUCGAUAUGUUUGAGGCUACCUUGCCCCGCGAAGACGAGGACAGAAAGCUUUAUGAGGAAGAGGUUUAUGCAAGAGAUGCUAUGAACGUGAUCGCUUGUGAAGGAACGGAGAGAGUUGAGAGACCCGAAACGUACAAGCAGUGGCAACUUAGAUGUGUUAGAGCUGGAUUCAAACAGGUGCCACUUGACCAGGAGAUUGUGAAGAUAGUGAGGAAUAAAGUGAGGUCGGAGUACCACAAGGACUUCUCAGUUGAUGAAGAUGGUCACUGGAUGCUGCAAGGAUGGAAAGGACGCGUAAUUUACGCUCUCUCUUGUUGGAAGCCUGCUAAGCAAUCUGUAAAAUUAGUCUAAUUUAUUAGGCCAUUUCUUCUAUGGCUGGUUUUUCAUUUGCUAGUGAGUUUAUCUUUCUUUGUAGCAUCAUGUUGGAAUUUAUUUAAUUUGGUUUCACUCUUUCAAA